UGUGACUGUUUUUUAGCAGUUCCUUGAGAAUAAUUGCAAAAUUUAGCCGCUGUUCUUCCUCCUCUCGCCUAUUCUCUCAUUCUCUUUUCUGAUUUCUCUUCCAAAUUAUUCACUUCCCAGUCUCGAUCAUUCCUCGCAAUCUGCGCCCCCGGCAACCUCCCCGCCGGUGAAGGGAGACAAGCCAGACCUCCUUCCGCUGAAGUCUUUUUCGCAAGCGUGGAGUGGAGAAGAAGGGGACCCCGGAGAAGAAAACCAUCCCCUACUUGGAUGCAUGUCUUCUUUAAUUGCGCGCAGGAUCGAGUUUCAGUUGACCCAACAGUUAAUUUAGCGACCUUUUCCCCCGCAAAAAAAACAGUUAAUUUAGCGAGAAUUUUUGGGGGAUUCAAUUGAACCUUCAUGCCCGCUCUGAGAACGCCCCUAGAACUCAAGAUUCAAGAACCAUUCCCCACCAAUGGAUGAUGUGGGAGGGGACAUUCUCGCGUCUCUCGGCCGCGUGCGCCUCGGUGAUCUCGCGGCCGUCGAGGGCCUCGCUUCUGACAGCUACAAGAUUUGCGUAUCGACACUGAUGCAGUCGCUGGCUCAGUACUCGGCGGCUAUCAUCCAGCUGCCUCCGGCCGACGCUGCCCUGUUAAGGUCUGGCCUGGACUCCACUCGCCUCUUCUUCCACCAGCGAGGGUAUGGUUCGGGCGAGGUUGUCCACUCGGAGGAUGACGCCCGCGAGUGGUGCAAGACUUCUGGUUACUAUGCAGAUCCCCAAAUGUGGCUGGAAAUGUAUGAUUACAGGCCUGGUAUUACUGCAAGGGAGCACAAUGGUGCGAUGGAAUUGACCCCCUCUGGCCUGCCCGACAUAUUUUCGGUGCUUGGAAAAGUUUGCAGGGAUAUUCUUGAUGCGAUUAGCUUCUCACUGAAUCUCCGUACUUGUGUGUUUACUGAGAUACUUGACAACAUGCCAUUGAGGGGACAGGAAGUGUCCUCCUCUGUUCUUUCAGCAUGUUGUCAUUCAAGGCCGUCAUUUGAAGGAGCACAGCAGCAUCGUGUUGCUUCUCCUAAUGAUAGUCAAUUGCUCAUGUUCUCUGAGCAGGAGGAACAGAUUGAUAAGACUUUGCUUACCCUAGUUAAGUCUGAUAGGUCCGGAUUGUAUGUCAAGGACUUGCAUGCACGCUGGAUUCUUGUUGACGGGGACCUUGGUCCGCAUGAUAUUGUCGUCUAUCCUGGUCUUGCUCUUUAUCAGGAAACAGCCGGCUAUGUAAAUCCAGCUGUGCACAAGACAGAGGUUGGGAACUUGCAGGGAUGUAGGUUUGGGCGUUGUUCCUUGGCUUUUAAGCUCACGCCGAGAUCAGUUGCUAGGUUGAGUGAUUCAGAAAUGGGAGCUGCUGGUCAUGGUGUUGAUACUCAAUUUCAGGUCCCCAUACCUGUUACUGAUUUCAUGCAGACACACCAUUCUGCUGAUCAACUUUUCCCCAAGAACAAUGAAUUGUCAUCCCGGGCAGAACAAGAUGCAUCGUCUAACUCCACGACGAAGAAAAAGAAGGGAAGUACAAGAACAAAUUCACUCCCUCCUUCGAAAAGACUUCGCCUAGAGGCGCAGAGAGUGCUCAAGGAGCGUGUCCAGGAUAUUGCAGACGGGAGAGGCAUCAAACUGAGAUUUUGCAAUCUCAAAGAAUGUGAAAGUCAUAUACGAUCAUUGCACAGUCCGUGCGAGAACAUCAGAACCGAAAUUGGGUGGCCGCAAGGGGUUCCAUUUGUCCAUCCCCAUGACCUUCCAAACAAGGCAAAGCUCAGGUUUCUGGAAACUUAUGAACCAGGAUGGACUGCUUCCCAGCAGGACGAUUUUUCUUCUGCAGGAGCCAGUCUCUGUAAAUGUGGAUAUGUUUUGACUUGCCAAAGGUUGGCCAGUAGUCUGAUGAUUUCACCUCAUGUUUGAGGAGGUAGGAAUAUGUACUGACACCCGGACGCCAGAAAUAUAUACUCAUAAUGUUCAGCGUGUGUAAGUAGAACUACCUUGUGACCUAGGAUUGUAGGCGGCGCCUGUCACCCCAGAGGAAGUACUAUGAUCCUGCUACAGGGCCCUAGUUCAUGGUGCGGUUGAGUUGCAGAUAUGACGCCAAACUUGGAAUUCCUGGGUGCCUAGCCAGGUGAACCUCUUCAUUCGUUCGGUGAUCUAGGAACCUGGACUGCCUGUCGAGGAGAGGGCUGCCUCAUGUCUCAGCUUGCCUUCUUUGGGACGAAUCAAGCGAGACCAUGCAACAACUUCUUGUCAGUUGCCCUUACUCUCUCCAAAUCAGGUGCAAGGUACUGUACUGGAUCCAGUCUACAGGUUUGAUUCAGUCAACUGACGAUGCUGUCAUGGACUGGUGGACCAGAAGGGUCUCGCCUCUGUGAUGCUUCUCACGGUUGGUGGAUUUGGAACUUGGAAACCAGAACUGUUGCAAUUUUAACUGACAUGAUAUCACCUGGAUGUUCAAGACCUGAUGCUUUUGCAUUUAUGGUUGAAGAGAGUUCGCAAGCCCAUGUGCUGAAGAGCCACGAGCAACCAACCCUCCUGCCAGAGUAGGCAAAGGGUCUCUUGUAAUGUAACCAUGGCCUAGUUUUCCCUGGCACUCCGUGUGUAGUUGGAUUCUUCGUUCUAUGGUUCUUGAAAAGCCUUCGUUCUAUCAAUGAAUUGGAACACAAAACUUUUGUGAUUUCUCGAGACACAAAAAGGAGUGGUGUUUGUCGUUUCUUAUCA